ACAUUGGAGGGACAUAAGACAUUACCUGUAUCUUUCACCCUUAGCUGUUAGCAAGUAGCUUGAACAUGGCUUCGUUCAUUAUCAAACCUGUUCACCUCCGCUGUGUUGUAAGGACAGGCAGGAUCUUAAGCCAGCAUCGGACAGGGAAAACGUUGUGUUCAGACAGAAGUUACACCACUGAAGGAGACAACAGAAUACCCAAAAUAUACACCAAAACUGGAGACAAAGGUUUCUCAAGCACAUUUACAGGAGAAAGGAGACCAAAGGAAGAUCAUAUUUUUGAGGCCUUGGGAAAUACAGAUGAGCUGUCUUCAGCUAUAGGCUUAGCCAGAGAAUUUUGCCUUGACAAAGGUCACACAUUCACAGAUCAGCUGGACAAGAUACAGUGCAUUUUACAAGAUGUGGGCUCCAAUAUCGCCACCCCUCGAUCAUCUGCAAGAGAAAGUCAUAUAAAGAGAACUAAAUUUACUGCUCAGCCAAUUACAGACCUGGAGACCUGGAUUGAUAACUUUACGAAAGAACUCCCUCCACUGACCAACUUCAUUUUACCUUCCGGAGGGAAGAGCAGUGCAGCUUUGCACUUAGCUCGGACAGUCUGUCGGAGAGCAGAGCGCAGUGUUGCUCCAAUUGUGCGCUCAGGGGAGGCAGAUCCAGAUGUUGCCAAGUUUUUGAACAGGUUGAGCGACUACCUGUUCACUGUGGCCAGAUAUGCAGCCACAAAGGAAGGCAACGAGGAGAAAAUCUACAAAAGAACUGAAUGAACAGAUUGCCACAGGAUUAAUAACAUGUUUGUUUGUGGGAUGGCUGAUUCAGAUACGUUGUAGUUGUAUUGUAAAUAUAUUAAUAAAUGUGAAUGAGGCACAAAAUUG